AUGACAGCAGCACGGCGAUGGAUAUUCUUGCGCCAGGUACUAGACACUGCCUGUAGCUCGCUCAUGAGAAAUAAUUGUCUACCCAGGAACCUGCUGGCACAUUGUAGAGAGCGAACAAGGAUCUUGGUCCCCGCAUUGUGGAGAGGAAAUGCCCUAUUUCGUGGGGCCGUCUCACCGCCUUGUUUGUUACGUAUCCGUAUUACAGGACUGUAUGUACAGUGCCUUGCUUACAUCGGUACAACAUUCUCUCAUGCUGCGUACAGUCUUGUAUACUACACCAUAGUAUAG